AUGACCUACCGUACUACAUUAGACCUCCUCUUCAAUAUGUCUAGAUUUGUCCCCAAUUACAAAUGUGACACCCAGAAAAACCUCAUAUCUAUCAUUGGAGGCCUUGGUUCUGAUACGUCCUUCCUUAUUGCAGAUACAUCAGGUCUCUACAAGAUUCCCCAGUUUGCAUAUGGUUCAUUUCCUCCAGAAGAGAGUGACAGAACUGAAUUCCCAUCCUUUUAUCGCAUGGUACCCAACGAAGCCCAUCAGUUUGUGGGGAUUAUCCGCUUGCUUAAGCAUUUUGGAUGGAUGUGGGUUGGACUUUUUGCUCCUAAAGAUAACAGUGGAGAAUGUUUCAUCAAGACCAUGGAGCCACUGCUUUCUCAAAAUGGAAUUUGUUCAGCCUUUACACAAAGAAUCCCACGUCAACUCCACUUCGAUAACCUGGAUGAAAUGAAUGAUGAAGCUUUAAAUGUAUAUAUGCUAUUCACAGGAAAUAAAGUCACUACAUUUAUUGUCUAUGGGGAUACUAUCACAAUGCUAGCGUUGAAAGCUGUUGUAUUUUUGCGAGAUCCAACCAAUAAGGAAAAUACAGGAUUUAAAAAGGUAUGGAUCUUGACAGCCCAGAUUGAUUUUAUAUUACCGGGCCUUGUUAGGUUUUGGGAUUUUCAGUUCUUCCAAGGUGCUAUAUCUUUCACAGUUCAUUCACAAAAUCUUCUAGCAUUCAAGGAAUUCCUUCAGAGCAUGAAGCCUUCCUGGACCCAGGGUGAUGGUUUCUUCAAAGACUUCUGGGAGCAAGCAUUUGACUGUAUAUUUCCAAAUCUCAGUGCACCAAAGGAGGUCAAUGGCAUGUGUACUGGGGAGGAGAGGCUGCAGAGUCUUCCAAGGUCUCUGUUUGAAAUGGAACUAUCUGGCCAUAGCUACAGUAUCUACAAUGCUGUUUAUGUUGUGGCUCAAACUUUGCAUGCCAUUUACAUGUCUAGAUCCAAGCAGAGAGUAACGGGGAGCAUUGGAAGAUUAAAAAUUCAAGAUCAGCAGCCUUGGCAGCUGCAUCAUUUUCUCCCUGACAUUUCCUUUAACAACUCAGCUGGAGAAAAAGUGUCCUUUACUAAUAACAGAGAAAUGGGAGGCGGUUUUGACAUCACAAACAUGAUCACCUUCCCAAACAAGUCUUUCCUUCGAGUGAAGGUUGGAUGGGUGGAUCCCAAUGCUCCCGACAGAAAAGAAUUCAUUAUUCAUGAAGACAUGAUUAUGUGGAACAAAGGCUUUAAUCAGAUGAUGCCCAUUUCUGUGUGCAAUGACUACUGCCGGCCUGGUAAUCAGAAGAAAAGUAAGGAAGGACAGAAAUUUUGCUGCUAUGAUUGUACUCCAUGUCCAGAAGGGAAGAUUUCAAACCAGAAUGAUAUGGAUGACUGUGUCAGAUGCCCAGCAGAUCAGUAUCCAAACAAGAACAAGAAUGGAUGCAUCCUCAAAAUAAUAAACUUUCUUUCUUACGAUGAAUCUUUUGGCAUCAGCUUGGCCUCACUUGCUCUUUCUUUUUCACUACUCACAAGUUUGGUGAUAGGAACUUUUAUUAAAUACAAAGAUACUCCCAUUGUCAAAGCAAACAACCGAGAUAUCACUUACAUUCUCCUACUUUCCCUAUUGCUCUGCUUCCUCUCAUCUUUGCUAUUCGUUGGGAAACCUGGGGAAGUGACCUGCCUUCUUCGCCAACCAACGUUUGGCAUCGUCUUCUCACUGGCUGUUUCAUGUGUAUUGGCAAAGACUGUGACUGUAGUUGUAGCUUUCAUGGCCACAAAGCCAGGAUCUAGCAUGAGGAAGUGGGUGGGAAAAAGACUGAGCAACUCCAUUGUCCUUUCUGGCUCACUCAUUCAAAUGAGUAUUUGUACUGGGUGGUUGAUGACCUCUCCCCCAUUCCCUGAUCUAGACAUGAACUCAGUAACAGAGGAAACCAUUGUGCAAUGUAAUGAAGGCUCAGUGACCAUGUUUUACUGUGUCCUGGGCUACAUGGGCCUCCUGGCCAUUGCCAGCUUCAUUGUGGCAUUUGCAGCUCGCAAAUUACCUGACAGCUUUAAUGAAGCCAAGUUCAUUACCUUCAGCAUGUUGCUGUUUUGCAGUGUGUGGCUGACCUUUGUUCCAACCUAUCUGAGCACCAAAGGGAAAUCCAUGGUGGAGGUGGAGAUCUUCUCCAUCUUGUCUUCCAGUGCUGGAUUGUUGGGAUGCAUCUUUUCCCCGAAAUGUUACAUCAUUGUGCUGAGGCCAGAGCUGAAUAGCAGAGAGCAACUAAUAAGGAGAAAGAAGUGA